GAUGUUUCUUACCUGCCCACCGCGCCGGGCCAAUACGCGGUCCAUAUCCUCUGCGAUAACGAGGACAUCCCUAAAUCGCCUUAUAUCGCGACUAUUUCGCCGAAGACUGAUUUUGAUCCAGAGAAGGUUGAAGUUUAUGGGCCAGGAAUUCAGCCAGAAGGUGUUGCCAAAGACGAACCGACGAAUUUUACGAUUGAUGCGAGAGAAGCCGGUCAGGCGGCUCUGGAAGUUGCCAUUCAAGAUGCUCUUGGAAAAGAAGUUCCUCUUAGAUUAGGCGACAACCGGAACGGCACUGUUCAAGCGUAUUACACACCUACAUCUAGCUCACCGCAUGUUGUGAUGGUGAAUUAUGGCGGAGUGGCCACGAAGAAAUCUCCAUACAGAGUUAAGAUAGCUUCGCCCUUGAAUCCUGCUAUGGUCUCUGCCUUUGGUCCUGGUAUUGAGAAAGGUGUGAAAUCUAAUGUUCCCACACAUUUCAACGUCGACUGUCGCGAGGCUGGCCCCGGUAAAUUGGACGUUAAAAUGCUGAAUCCUGAAGGCCGAGAACUUCCAAUUUCGUUAACGGAUAAUGAGGAUGGCACGUACGUCGUAGACUACAUGCCCCCACAGCCAGGAAACUAUACGGUGAAUCUCAACUAUGGCGGAUUGAAGGUACCUCAAUGCCCCAUUAAGAUCAACGUUCAGCCUCAUGUGGACGUGUCCAAGAUUAAAGUGGAUGGUCUGGCACCAACGGCCCCGGUGAACAGCCUGCAGCAAUUCCGCGUGAUAACGCAGGAGGCGGGCAGGGCGGCGGACUUCCAGGUGGCGAUCACGACUCCGUCCGGCAAUCGGGUCAAGGCGCACGUGGUGCCGACUCACGAGGGCUACCUGGUUAACUUUACCCCUACCGAGCUAGGCGAGUAUCUGCUGGGAAUCAGCUUCGGCGGCGAGCCAAUCUCGAAUCAGCCGUACCGGCUGACCUGCGUUCAUGGCUCCGAUCCGGGCAAGGUGCGCGCUUCGGGACCUGGUCUCUCCCACGGUGUGGUGAACAAACCGGCCGAGUUCGUGAUUGACACUCGUGGAGCUGGCCAAGGUGGUCUCGGCGUGACCGUCGAGGGUCCUUGCGAAGCCGCGAUAAAUUGCAGGGACAACGGCGAUGGUACCUGCUCCGUCGCUUAUCUGCCCACCGAGACCGGUGACUACGGUAUCAACAUCACCUUCAACGAACAACAUGUGCCGGGUUCGCCUUUCCAGGCCAUUGUCGUACCGGAUGCGGACCUAUCCAAAAUCAGAGUCAGCGGGAACGGCAUCCAGCCACACGGAUUAUUCGUGAACAAGCAAACGUCAUUCACGAUAGACACGAGAGACAUCACCAAGUCGAAGACUGAUGACGGUAAGGUGUCCUGUAUCAUAAAUAAUCCCAGUGGCGGUAAAACCGAGAAGCUCAUCAUCCCCCAGGGUGAUGGCACCUACUGCGUCAGUUACACGCCUUUCGAGGAGGGUUGCUACACCAUCGACAUCCUCUACGACAACGUGCCCAUCCCGGGUUCACCAUUCUCCGUCAACGUACAACGUGCCUCCGAUCCCAGCAAGUGCCGUGCAUAUGGUCCUGGUUUGGAGCAAGGCAUCACAGAUAAAACAAACUAUUUUACGGUGGAGACUAAAGGGGCUGGUAAUGGUGGUUUGGGUGUGUCGAUUACGGGUGACGGAGAGGUCAGAGCGGAAGCCAGGGAAAAAUGGGAUGGUUCCUGCGAUGUCGAAUACGUUGCCAGGGAACCUGGUGACUACGAAAUCGACAUUAAAUUUGCCGAACAGAGCAUACCCGGUUCGCCAUUUAAGAUCAAAGUUAUAUCGCCGAAAAAGAACGUGAUUGCUUACGGACCCGGUCUGCACAUGGUACGCGAGGGUGUGCCCGCCAAGUUCACGGUAGACGCAUCAAAAUGCGACAAACAGGCACCGGUGAAAGUACGUAUGUCGCCUAGCUUGGGACAGGAGCCUCAGAUCAAGAGCAAAGGUGACGGCCUGUACGAGGUGACAUAUCAGCCACCGCCUGCUGGAAGUAACGUGCGACUUGAUGUUACUUUCGAUGACGACAAUAUCAACGGCAGUCCGUUCGAUGUGAAAGUUCUGCCCUUCGUAGAGCCAAACAAGGUAACUUUGUCGGGUCCCGGGGUGGCGCCCUUUUGCACUGCCUCCUUCCCGAUUGAUUUCAUCGUGGACACUUCUAAUGCUGGUUACGGCGAUCUUGAAGUGCAAGUUGUGGGACCAGAUCAAGUGCCGCGUAAGGUAGUAGUGCAAGAUCUAGGCGACGGAAAGUAUAAGGCAACCUAUCUGCCAGACGACUGCGGUCGCUAUAAGGUCAACGUGAAAUACGGCGGUAAAGAAGUGCCGAACAGCCCAGUGACCGUGCAGAGCACAUCUAUCGGUUCAGCGAACAAUUGUAAAAUCAAAGAGGGCAUUCAGCACACUUUGGCUCAGGGCGAGGAAUACUGCAUUACCGUGGACACUGAAAAUGCAGGCCGCGGUGCAGUGACCUGCCGCAUCCGCUCCACUACUGGAAGCGAAGUCGUUGACAUUGACAUAGAAGACAACGGCGAUGGCACAGUCAACAUUUACUAUACUGUUGCUGAUGCGGGAGACUACACCCUUAGCAUUAAAUUUGGCGGUCAACCGGUGCCUGAUGGAUUCUAUACCUUCACAGCAUCCGAGGAGUAUCGGGAACAUAGCACGCACAAAACUCAACGAGCUCGUAAAACACGGCAGAAACAAAAUCAACACGUUGUCGAGCAGCGUAGCACAACCCUACAGGAAAGCUCUACUGUCACUACAAAACGUAGCAGCCAGCAGGAGCUAUCAAAAAAGAAUUUCAACGUUAUCCGAUUGAACUCCAUCCCACUACCUCUCCCGAGCGGAGGCACAGUUACUUCUGAAGUGAAGAUGCCUAGCGGAAACGUGGACAAGCCAGUUAUCGAGGACAAUCAUGAUGGUACGGUAUCUAUCAAGUACGAGCCGAGGGAAGAGGGCCUUCAUGAGAUUUAUGUGAAAUUUAACGGUGAACACGUCCAGGGUUCUCCCUACAAAUUCCAUGUCGAUUCUUUGGCGAGUGGAUAUGUAACAGCGUAUGGACCAGGUUUGGUUUACGGCGUUUGCGGUGAACCUGGAAACUUCACCAUCUCGACGAAAGGUGCCGGUGCAGGUGGUCUUUCGUUAGCUGUCGAAGGGCCUAGUAAAGCCGAAAUAAGCUGUCACGACAACAAGGAUGGCACGGUAUCGGUAUCUUAUCUACCUACCGCACCCGGAGAAUACAAAAUUACUGUUAAGUUUGGCGAUAAGCAUAUCAGAGGCAGUCCUUUUGUCGCCAAAAUCACGGGCGAGGGCCGUAAGAGGAAUCAGAUCUCUGUAGGUUCUUCUAGCGAAGUGCAGCUGCCGGGUAAGGUGUCUGACGCUGAUAUCAAAUCUCUAAAUGCGUCCAUCACGGCACCCAGUGGUCUGGAGGAGCCGUGUUUCCUAAAGAAGAUGCCGGGAAGCGGUAACAUGUGUGUGUCGUUUACGCCGCGUGAAGCAGGCGAGCAUACCGUGAGCGUGAAGAGAAUGGGCAAGCACAUACCGAAUUCCCCCUUCAAGAUCGACGUGAAAGAUCGCGAGGUCGGUGACGCAAAGAAAGUUAAAGUUUCCGGUCCCGGUCUGAAGGAGGGUAAGACCCAUGUGGAGAACAAAUUUUCAAUUGAUACGAGGAAUGCUGGUUUUGGUGGUCUCUCCCUUUCGAUGGAAGGCCCGAGCAAAGCCGAGAUCCAAUGCAAGGACAACGAGGACGGCACUCUUAACAUCUCUUACAAGCCCACCGAGCCCGGUUAUUACAUCAUGAAUUUGAAGUUUGCGGACCACCACGUCGAGGGCUCGCCAUUCACCGUCAAAGUUAGCGGAGAGGGUAGCAACCGACAGAGAGAGAAGAUUCAAAGACAGCGAGAGGCUGUGCCAAUUACCGAGGUCGGCAAUCAAUGUAAAUUGACCUUCAAGAUGCCUGGUAUCACGUCCUUUGAUCUCGCCGCCACUGUCACGUCACCUGGCGGUGUCACUGAAGAUGCCGAAAUCAAGGAGGCCGAGGAUGGCAUCUACGCGGUAGCAUUCGUGCCUAAGGAGUUGGGCGUGCACACGGUAUCCGUGCGUUACAAGUCCAUGCACAUCCCUGGCUCGCCUUUCCAGUUCACUGUAGGUCCGCUUAGGGACGGUGGUGCGCACAGAGUUCACGCGGGUGGACCCGGUCUAGAAAGGGGAGAGCAAGGCGAGCCAUGCGAAUUCAACAUCUGGACCAGGGAAGCGGGCGCGGGUACUCUUGCCGUCUCCGUCGAGGGGCCUAGCAAGGCACAAAUAGAUUUCAAGGAUCGCAAGGACGGCAGUUGUUAUGUUAGCUACGUCGUUAGUGAACCCGGCGAAUAUAGGGUGGGAAUCAAGUUCAACGAUCAGCACAUCCCUGACUCGCCGCACAAGGUUUACAUUUCACCAGCGAUGGGCGACGCACACAAACUCGAGGUCGCGCAGUUUCCCGAAAGUGGAGUGCAGCCCGACAAGCCAUGCACCUUCCUGGUGCGCAAGAACGGCGCCAAGGGUGAACUGGACGGGAAGCUUGUAUCACCAAGCGGCACCCAGGACGACUGCUUCAUCCAGAGUAUUGAUGCGGACACAUACUCGGUAAGAUUCAUGCCGACGGAGAACGGCAUCCAUCAAAUCCACCUCAAGUUCAACGGAGUGCAUAUAUCGGGUAGUCCCUAUCGUGUCAAAGUUGGUAAAGUGGACGCUGAUCCAGCGGCGUUGCACGCCUAUGGCAACGGUCUAAAGGAGAUCAAGACCGGUCAGAAAACCGAUUUCAUCAUCGACACCUGCAAUGCGGGCAGCGGAGCGCUGGGAGUUACUGUGGAUGGACCCAGCAAGGUCGCUAUGGACUGUACCGAAGUCGAGGAGGGUUACAAGGUCAGGUACACGCCUUUGGUACCAGGCGAUUAUUAUAUCAGCAUCAAGUACAACGGCUAUCACAUCGUCGGUUCACCAUACAAGGUUCCUUGCACAGGCGCGGAUUUGGCGGAGAGAGGCGCGCAAGAGACAAGCUCGAUCGUUGUAGAGACCGUGCAAAAGAUAUCGAAAAGCAAGCAAACUGGACCGAUAUUGCCAUUGUUUAAGUCUGAUGCGGGCAAGGUGACGAGUAAAGGCAUGGGCCUCAAGAAAGCUUACUUAGGAAAACAAAAUCAAUUCACUGUGCAUGCGGGAGACGCUGGUAAUAAUAUUCUCUACGUGGGCGUGUACGGGCCCAAAGGACCAUGUGAGGAAGUCUUCGUAAAGCACACAGGUCGGAACAAUUACAACGUGAGUUAUCUGGUGCGCGAGCGAGGCGAGUACAUCGUGAUCGUCAAGUGGGGCGACGAUCACAUCCCCGGUUCACCUUAUAAGGUCGAGGUUUAAGCCGAACCAGCAUCCAGACAUAACGCAUCUGCAACCGCAACGACGGUCAAUAAAAUAGAGUCAUGCGUCAUUUCGUUGUAAAUUGCAUGGGUCUUCGAGUUCAUAUUCAUCUUCGCCGAGUACAGAAACGAAUUAAGUGCCAAUUUAGAUUCUCGAACGUAAAUUUGUAAUUUAACAUUAACUAUUGUUAAAAGAUACAUCUAAAACGAUCCGGCCUACGUUGAAACGACGCACGUUAUCUCGAUUUCUAGAAUACCAAUCGUACACACAAGACAAUUAUGACGCUCUGAUGAUAAAAUUGCGAUAUGACUUCUCGCCAACAUAAUUCAUUCGUUCAUUCUUUCAAAGUCUUGGGGAUAAUUUUGACAUCUUAGAAUUGACGAUUUUUGCUGAAUUCGAAACAGAGUAGAAUCGCAAUUAGAAGUUAAAAUGACGGAGGAACAUGUAGGUCAAUUACUGUUUGUUCAAAAACACCAAUUGUGCCUUUGAUUCGAUAUAAUACAUACAGAGAUAUAUUAUUCGA